GGCUCGUCAACAUUUGUUAGCUUUCGUUUCCGACUAUCAGCUGGAGCAGCCUGCCAGAGGAGGAGUCCCCCGGAGUUUGUCAGGACCGCUGCAGUUUCACAGUGUGUGAACCGAGCUGUCAAACUGCUCUCUCCUCACAGCGCAAAGGGGUGAGGGUGCAAAACCCGCAGACAUGGCCACAGCCCAGUCCGUGUUGCUGCUAGCGGUGCACAUUAUGCUGAUCACAGAGUUCAUCCUGGCGAAGAGAGACUACUACGAGAUCCUGGGGGUGCCCAAAGAUGCCUCUGAGCGCCAGAUCAAGAAGGCUUUCCACAAACUGGCUCUGAAGUACCAUCCUGACAGGAACAAGAGCCCCAAUGCUGAAUCCAAAUUCAGAGAGAUAGCAGAGGCAUAUGAGACACUGUCAGAUGACAAGAGGAGGCGAGAAUAUGACCAGUUUGGACACGGUCCCUCACCAGGGGAGGGGUAUGGAGGAGGAGGAGGAGGAGGAGGGGGAGGUGGUGGUAGCGGCAGAACUGGCUACAACUUCAACCAGCACUUCCAGUCCUUCAACUUCAACUUUGAUGACAUGUUCAGAGACUUUGACCCAUUUGGUCACCAGCAACCACACCAGCACCACCACUUCCACUCCCACCACCACUCCCAGGCCCACCAAAAGAGACACUUUGACAGCCACUUCCAGGCCCACCGGGAGGCCACAAACAGGCACAGGAGGCAGUUCCAGCAGGGGGGUUUCGGCGGAGGACUUUUUGACGACGUGUUCGAGGACUUGGAGAAGAUGUUCUCCUUCAACACACACAGUUCCAGGACUGGUCACGAAUUCCACGGCUCGGGAAAGCAGCACUGCAGGACAGUGACUCAGCGCAGAGGGAACAUGGUGACCACCUUCACUGACUGCUCCUGAAACUGAACACUGAAACUAAAAUGCCACGUGAAAGGCAGUCACCUCACCUGGGACAUCGCAGGGUUUAAGCUUUUAGUUGUGGUUUUUGAACUGAAUGCUAAUUUAUCACUUGGUGAGAAAAGAACACGACUUAGUGUGUAUUUUUUUUGUAAUGUUGUAUAUGUACUUGCCUCCAGGAACAACCAUCUGAAUUGGGUGACAGUAGCUGCUUCCAAGCAAUAACUCAUACACAUUGCAGCUCAUAGAAUACAAAUAGGUCUUUGGUUAAUUGUGGCAGCCUUUUCUGAUUUGAUAAUCCACCAUUCUCAUGGCCUAAUUUUCAACAGUAGUUUAAGAUUAAAGAGGAAUUUCGGUUUUCUUUCAAGAGCAGGGAAACAAUAACAUUUAUUGAAUAUUGUAGAACAUUCAUUCUGCGACUGUUCAGGCCAUACUUUUGCUUUUUUUGUGCUCUCCAUAACAAGCAUAUGAACUUGUUGAAUGGUGAUGUCAAACCAAAACACAGUACUAAGACAACUGCUUGGUAAAAGUUUUGUAAUUUUGUACCUGAGAAGUUUAUACCCCGAUUUUUUUUUUUUCUGUUCUUGGUGUUCAUUAAUUACUCUAGAUAUCGGUGAAUAUGUCACAAUAUAAAAUAACCUUUAACCAUUGCUCAUUUGGAUUGAGAGCACUUGAGUUGGAUUUUGCUGUGGCAAGUGAGGCUCAUAGCCCCUAUAACCCAUUUAGGUUCUCCAUCAACUGUUACCUCGUUUUAGUUUCUUCCUGCAGAGUUGCAUCUACCUUUUUACGAUGUGCAAUAUUUGGCACUUUUGCUCUUCAUGUUGCCUAUCCUUUGGAGACAGUGCUGUAUAAAUGUCAUUAUCUGUCUGCACUUUUUGUGUGUGUGGGUGUGUGCAUGUGCGGGCGUGUAUAUGUCGAGAGCUUGCUCGCUGAAUGUUGAUUGGUUGCACAGUGUUUGGUGAUUAAAUAAAUACUGUCUAGAGUAAACA